ACUCCUGAGUUCUGUCCGAGGCGAACAGGCCCAAAUUAAAAUCCAAAUCAGUUUUCCCCAUACCUUAAACCCUGAAUUCAAAAACUCAAAAACCCUAACCCUGACCAAUUUUAAUUGCCAACAAAAGAAAAAUCCAUGGCCAAGUGGUUGCGCGGCCUUAAAACGGUGGUUCAAUCAUCAUCACCUUCACUAAACUCACAAUCUUCUUUUUACCACACGAUCCAAGCCAUCCCUAGAGAAUGCACAGGUAGCAGAGUCGCGGCGCGCGACCGAGCGCAAGGCAGAAUACCGGCAGUGGUUUUCUCUCAAUCGCUACUAGAUAAAAAUCCUAAUUCUCGAUCAAUCUCAAGAAAACAGUUAUUAACAACUGAGAGAAAGCAGAUUCAAUCAAUUCUUACAUCUGUUGAGUUACCGUUCUUUUGCUCCACUACUUUCAAUCUCCAGAUCCGGGCCGGGUCCGGGUCUUCCGUUCUUAUUGAAUCCGGAACUAUUUUGCCCAUCAAGGUGCAUAGAGAUGAGGAGACUGGGAAAAUAUUGAAUUUGGUGUUUGUUUGGGCUGAUGAUGGAACUGAAUUGAAAGUUGAUGUACCCCUCAUUUUUAAAGGAGAAGAGGAUUGUCCUGGUCUUAAGAAAGGGGGCAAAUUGAACAGGAUCCGAAAAUCUUUGAAAGUCCUUUGUCCAGCGGAACACAUUCCACCAAAACUUGAGGUGGAUGUGAGCAGUCUUGAUAUUGGAGAUAAAGUGUCCAUGGGUGAUGUUGAGGUUCAUCCAUCAUUGAAGCUCUUGAGUAAGAAUGAGAACAUUCCUAUAUGUAAGAUUGUAUCAACAGACUUGGAAAGCCCAGAACCAGAAACAGAACCAGAAACAGAACCGGAACCGGAACCAGCACAAGCAUAGUCAUUUGAGUGCACGCCUGCAAUCACUGCAGGUUAAACCCUUGGAAGAAUAAUUGUGUUUUGUUUCUUGCCCGAGGUUGCCAAAAUUGAAUGAGGACAACAAUCUUUAAAGCAUAGUAUGGCAUGCAUGAAUUCAUUAGGCAUGUUGUGAUGACUGUGUUUACCCAGCUCUUACUUCAGGCAGUUGGUAAGGAAAGAAAGUUGGUUAUUGUGAAAUCAUCCUUUGUCGUAAGCGGCACAUGCAAGAAUGAGAUGGCUGUUCUGUUCACCCUUUUAUGUUGGUUUCUUUCAACAGAUAGUACACUGGAUGCGUAUGAAAAUUCAAUUUGUAAUGCUACGGGUAGCUUUUAUAUCUUUCCUUCA